AUGGGUCUCAAAAUCGCUCGCUUGUAUGCACUGUCAGGAAAUAAAGAAAAGGCUGGUGUAAUACCUGCAUGCACGCCUCAACCAGGCAUUCAUGAGAGCACAACUGCUGUUACAGUAAAGCCGCUUAUUGCCUUGUGCGAAAAGCACAAAGACAAAGCCAAACGCUCACUGGGUAAGCGUGAUUUAGUAUAG